GCGCCCCGCCGAGGCCGGGAGUGUGCGCGGGUGGACGCGCGUCGGGCGCGCGCGCCGGGCGGGCGGGCCGCGCCGCCUCGUCCUCGCCCUCUCGCCCGUGGCCGCGGGCCGCCGGCCCCUCCCCUGCCCGAGCCGUGCACCGCCGGCCGGGCUGACCCAGCAGCCCGCGCCCUUGUCACCGCGUCCCGCGGCGGCGGGGCUCCAGGCGAGCCGGCAGCAUGAGCGGCGGCGGAGGCGACGUGGUAUGCACCGGCUGGCUGAGGAAAUCGCCCCCCGAGAAGAAGUUGAGGCGCUAUGCUUGGAAGAAACGCUGGUUCAUCCUGCGGAGCGGCCGGAUGAGUGGUGACCCUGACGUUCUAGAGUACUAUAAGAAUGACCACUCCAAGAAACCCUUGCGGAUCAUCAACCUGAACUUCUGUGAGCAGGUGGAUGCAGGCCUGACCUUCAAUAAGAAGGAACUACAGGAUAGUUUCGUGUUUGACAUCAAGACCAGCGAGCGCACCUUUUAUCUGGUGGCAGAGACGGAAGAGGACAUGAACAAGUGGGUGCAGAGCAUCUGUCAGAUCUGCGGCUUCAAUCAGGCCGAGGAGAGCACAGAGUCCCUGAGAAACAUCGCCUCCGCUGGUCACGGUCCCCGCUCCUCGCCAGCUGAGUUCAGCAGCUCCAGUCAGCACCUGCUCCGAGAGCGGAAAUCCUCGGCCCCGUCGCACUCCAGCCAGCCGACUCUGUUCACGUUCGAGCCCCCCAUGUCUAACCACAUGCAGCCCGCCUUGUCCACCAGUGCGCCUCAGGAGUAUCUCUACCUGCACCAGUGCAUCAGCCGGAGAGCAGAAAAUGCCAGGAGCGCCAGCUUCUCUCAGGGCACCAGGACCUCAUUUCUCAUGAGGAGCGACACAGCUGUACAGAAACUUGCCCAGGGCAACGGACACUGUGUGAACGGCGUCAGCGGCCAAGUGCACGGCUUCUACAGCCUCCCCAAGCCCAGCCGGCACAACGCCGAGUUCCGAGACAGCGCCUACGACCUGCCCCGGAGCCUGGCUUCCCACGGCCACACCAAGGGCAGCCUCACAGGCUCCGAGACGGACAGCGAGGACGUGUACACCUUCAAGACACCCAGCAACACCCUGUGCCGCGAGUUUGGGGACCUCCUAGUGGACAACAUGGAGGUGCCGACCACCCCACUCUCGACCUACCAGAUCCCUAGGACAUUCACGCUGGACAAGAACCACAAUGCCAUGGCUGUGGCCGCCGGGGGGGACUCGGCCGUCGCUCCCCCGCCCAGGCCCCCCAAGCCUAACCAGGCGGAAACCCCUCGGUGGGGCAGCCCUCAGCCGAGAGCAGCAGCCGGUGACAGCAGCAGAUCAGUCGCCGCCACCAUCCCCAGGCGCAACACGCUGCCUGCGAUGGACAACAGCCGGCUGCACCGAGCCUCCUCCUGUGAGACCUACGAGGGUGCGGGCAGGCCUGCCGAGUCCGGGAGAGAUGCACUUGGAUGUUUCCUGCCAGGGAAGGCAGUGUUGGGCCGAUCGGACAGUGCCAAUUCUGAAGAUAACUAUGUGCCCAUGAACCCAGGCUCCUCUACCCUGCUGGCCAUGGAGCGAGCAGGGGACAGUGCCCAGAGUGUCUACAUCCCUAUGAGCCCAGGGCCUCAUCACUUUGACACUCUGGGCUACCCAGCCACUGCCCUUCCUCUGCACCGAGGCCCCAGCCGCGGCAGUGAGAUCCAGCCACCCCCUGUGAACCGGAACCUCAAACCUGACCGGAAAGCGAAGCCGACGCCACUGGACCUGAGGCACAACACCGUCAUCGACGAGCUCCCCUUCAAAUCGCCCAUCACCAAGUCUUGGUCCCGAGCCAACCACACCUUCAGCUCGUCCCAGUCCUGCCGCCCCAUCUCCACCCAGAGCAUCACCAGCACGGACUCCGGAGACAGUGAAGAGAACUACGUUCCUAUGCAAAACCCCGUGUCUGCCUCUCCUGUUCCCAGUGGCACCAACAGUCCAGCUCCUAAGAAAAGCACUGGCAGUGUGGAUUAUCUGGCCUUGGACUUCCAGCCCAGCUCCCCAAGUCCCCACCGCAAGCCCUCCACGUCAUCGGUCACAUCGGACGAGAAGGUGGACUAUGUUCAAGUGGACAAGGAGAAGACCCAGGCCCUGCAGAACACCAUGCAGGAGUGGACAGACGUGCGACAGUCCUCUGAGCCUUCCAAGGGUGCCAAGCUGUGACACAGGGGACACUAAACCCAGGGCAGGGCCACUGUCCACCGAGCUGGCUCCUCCCCACCUCCACCACUCACAGCCUUCAAAGUUUGAUGUCAGGGACACCCCAGCCUUUCCCCCAGGAGGCGAGGGCCUGCUCUAGCCCCGUGUUCAGCCCAGUGGGGCCCGGAGGGCCAUGUUUCCACCCCCCUUAGUUAGGAGCUAUUGCCAAGAACACCCUGCUGCCCCGUGCCUGCAGCCUAUCACCCAGCUAUGUGGACGGGAGGCUGGCGCCGGGGGCCAAGCACCUGCAGGCCAAAGUGGACCUGGAUUGUUUUAUCCUGGUGUUGGCAGAGGCGAGGCCUUCCAGCCACGCCCAAGUUGGAAAUGAAGGGAAGAGGAGCAGGACCCUAGGCUGGGGGCCAGGAGGGGGGAAGGAGGACAAAAGGGACAAUGUAGGUGGGGGGUGGGGACAGGCCGCCAAGGAGGAGCAGCGGGGCUGGCAGUGCAGGAUGGUGUGUACAAGGUCACCACAGGAGCAGAGUCCCAUGGUGAAAGCUUGCACAGAACUGGACAGUGCCAGGCAGGGAGAGGGACCCUGGUCCGGGAACGGGCUGGGCAGGGAUACGGCUAUUAACAUGGUUCAGCAAGUGAAUGUUUGCAGGGUGCAGAGGUAAGCUGAGGAGGCAGGGGGCCAAGGCCAUGGAGGAGGGAAACACAACACAGGCCUGCCGGACAGUCGUGAGCGAUGCUGGGAAGUCCAGGACUAAUGAGGGAGGGACUGUGGCUGAGGGGACCAGGCCUAGCAGGUGACCUGGGGAUGCAGGUGCUGGCACCGAGUUUUACUCACCUCAGCCUCUGUCGCCUACAGUAUUCCAGGACCACUUUGGACUUGGCUACAGGGGCCAGAGCAGCCAAGCUCUCCUCCCAGGGCUUGGAGGGUCUCCAGAUGGGCAGGGCUGCCCUCAGCAGGGC